AUGGCGGACAAACAGAGCUAUGGUGUUGACAUAACUGCGAACUGCCGACCAGAAAACGCACGCGACGAGGAUCGUCAAGGAGAUACCGACGGUCCCCUUGGUGAACACCAAUCGAACCGAAACUUCAGCAAAAAGUCAUUCUUUGCCUGGUUCGACAGUAAUGACGGCCCCUUGGAACGAAGAGUGAUACUAAAGCUUGACUUUUUUAUUCUGACAUAUGCCUUCGUGGGCUUCUGGGUGUGUAGUCAAUCGUCAAGUGCCUUGUCUGGGUUGGGGUUCUUGCUAACCAUAACCAAAGAUUUUGUACAUCGACAGAGGCAUACUUACCAAUGCGUACAUCAGUGGUAUGCGAGAAGGCAAGAUCUCGAGCUCUUUGGCAACGAAUUGGUGCAAUUGGGUUCCAUCUUCAGCGUAGGGUACUGUGUGUAUGUUGUCUUCAUUCCCUUUUACAAAUCUCUGCUAUGCGGAAUCCUGAUCGCAACGCUCCUGGUCACGAAGUAUCCUGCUCAAUAUGUAAUCCCGACUUCGAUGACGAUUUGGGGGGUAUUUACGUUGUUGUGCUACCGUGCAAACAGCUUCGCAGAGCUAGCAGGCUAUCGCUUUUUAGUUGGUUUUCUUGAAGGUGGGUUCCUGGGGUACCGAGGCGACGAGCUCGUGCGCCGAGCCGGAAUAUUUUACGUCUCAAGCGGUGUCGGCACGAUGACAACCGGCCUGCUCUCUUCUCGUAUCUAUCAGUCCUUGGAUGGCGCUCUGGGCCAUCCGGGAUGGCGGUGGAUGUACAUCGUCGCGUCAAUAAUGACUUUUCCAAUUGCCGCAUGGGGGGCAAUAACCUUUCCAGGUACACCGAGGGAUGGGAAGAGAUGGUACUUCACAGAUGAGGAGUUUGCCAUGGCGAAACAAAGAAUGAUUCUUGAAGGUCGAUUCGAUCCUAAGGGAUUGAGUUUAUCUUGGCUUUCCGUCAAACGAUUCCUCGGCAGGUGGCACUUUUGGGUGCUCGUCCCUUGGAAUGUGAUGUGGCUGAUGGGAUAUGAGAGUAUGGUCACAGGGAGCCCAACACUGUGGCUGCGAAGUAACGAGCAAUAUUCUGUGGCACAGGUCAACAACUUCACCGCAAUAAGUCCAAGCAUAGGGAUCUUGUUCAUUCUCGGGUUCUCAUGGACAAUUGACAAGGGUGGGCAGAAGGCGAUCGCCCCCUUAAUUGGAUCGGUCAGCCUGCUUCAUUUCAUUUCCAAAUUCGCUUGGAUAGUUUACGAUCACACUUCAUUCGGUUUUAAGUGGUUUGCUGUGGCCAUUAGUUACAUCGAGGUCUCCCUGUCUCCCAUUAACUAUAGUCUUGCGAACCUCGCUUGCGCCGGCGAUGCUGAAGAACGAGCCUUUGUCGUCAGUUCCAUGUUGGCAAUCAGUACCGCCUUCGGAACAUGGGUUCCUAUCGUGGCUUUUCCAACGGUUGAGGCUCCUCGCUUUUUCAGGGGUUAUGUCAUGGAAGCAGUCAUGCAGGUGACAUACUUUUCGUGGACUUGUUUCGUGGUUUGGUAUUCGGCGAGAGACCGGCGUCGCAAACAGAAUGCAGAAGGACCUACAGGUGAUUCGUCUACAUAG